UGCAGCGCCGUCGUCGCUGUGCAGGAAUCGGUGUAAAAACGCAGACACACACACGCGCGCAGUAAGAGAGGAGAAACAGUGCCGCGAAAGGGGGACAGACAGAGUGACAGCGCAGAGAGUGUGUGGAGACGGAGGAAGGAGGAAACACUCGCCGUGUGCGCUGCGCUCCUCUCCAGACAACAUGAAGGAAGGAGGACAGGAGGAGCAGAGCACCCAUGUCAAGUGAAAGUUUCAAAGAAGGAGAGGAGAGAGGGCAGAGAAGCGCGGAGCGCCGGGAAGGAAGGAAGAAAGGAAGGAAACCUAAGCAACAUUAAGAGUCGCGGGACGAUAAUAUAAAAAGAUACACAGAGAUGACAAUAUGAGCGCAUGAACUCAAUUACCGAGCGCCAUGAACUAAGCUGCAGCCGCUCCGACAGCUUGUUCGCGUCUUGUUUAAUUUUUGAAGUCAGUCUUCGCCUUGUUCUCCGUCUCCUCAUAAGAGCAGUUUAAUAUCCGAGGAGCGGUUAAUAUCCAGGAGCCGCGCACACGCAGUCGGGCUGCUCGCCGAAGCCGCGGGAGAGGCGUCGCCGCCCCGCUGUUCCCGGAGACAUGGCCGGCGCCAAGCCGGGGGUCCACGCGCUGCAGCUCAAACCCGUGUCCGUCCACGAAAUACUCAAGAAGGGCAGCAAGUUCAUCAAAUGGGACGAAGAGGUGAACAGCGCUUUGGUGACCCUGAAAGUGGAUCCCAAUGGCUUUUUCCUGUAUUGGACUGUCUCCAACAUGGAGGUGGAGCUGUUGGAUAUCAGUCUCAUCAGAGACACCAGGACAGGGAAAUUUGCAAAAAUACCAAAGGAUCCCAAGGUGCGGGAGGUACUGGGCUUUGGCAAGGGAGGUGAGGAUGGAGCUGUAGAGGGCAAGCUUCUGACUGUGGUCCAUGGAUGUGACCUGGUCAAUGUCUCCUUCCUCAACUUCCAGGCCAUGCAGGAGGACAUAGCCAAGGUGUGGACAGAGGAGCUCUUUAAACUGGCUACCAAUAUUCUGUCUCAGAAUGCCUCGCGCAACACCUUUCUCUACAAAGCAUACACAAAAUUAAAAUUACAGGUGACCCAGGAUAACAAGAUUCAAGUGAAGAACAUCCUAAAGAUGUUCUCCGACAAGAAGCGUGUAGAGAUGGCCCUGGAGCAGUGUGGCCUGCUGGCCAAUCGGGUGGAGGGGAUCAAGGCCGACGAUUUUACUUGGGAAGCAUUCCAGAACUUUCUUAACAGCCUAUGUUUGCGGCCCGAGUUGGAGCGCAUCUUUGUUGAGCUUGGGUCAAAAGGAAAGCCCUUCUUGUCUCUGGACCAGAUGUUGGACUUCAUCAACAGGCGGCAGCGUGACUCCCGCCUCAAUGAGGUCCUGUACCCUCCUCUGAAGAGGGAGCAGGUGCGACAGCUGAUGGAGAAGUACGAGACUAACUCCAGCCAGCUGGAGCGUGACCAAAUCUCUCUGAUGAGCUUCAGCCGGUACCUGGGAGGGGAGGAGAACAGCAUUGUCCCCCCCGAGAGACUGGAUGUCAUGGAUGACAUGACCCAGCCCAUCUCGCACUACUUCAUCAAUUCCUCCCACAACACCUACCUCACAGUGGGCCAGCUUACAGGCCUCUCCUCCGUGGAGAUGUACCGCCAAGUUCUACUGACGGGCUGCCGCUGCGUGGAGCUUGACUGCUGGCAGGGCCGCCCGCCCGAUGAGGAGCCAUACAUCACCCAUGGCUUCACUAUGACCACUGAGAUCCCAUUCAAGGAGGUGAUUGAGGCGAUCGCUGAAAGUGCAUUCAAGGCCUCUCCCUAUCCUCUAAUCCUUUCUUUUGAGAACCAUGUGGACUCUGCAAAGCAGCAGGCCAAGAUGGCUGAAUACUGUCGCACUAUAUUUGGAGAUGCGCUGCUCAUUGAUGCACUGGAGAAGUACCCUUUGGUCCCAGGUCAGCCACUGCCAUCUCCACAAGACCUGAUGGGCAAGAUCCUCGUUAAGAACAAGAAGAAACACCACCACCGGCCUCCCAAUGGCAGCGUCAGGCGCAGGGCUGACGUAGGGGGUGAGAUUGCAAAGCAGGCCUCCCCAAACAACGAUUGCCCGUUGAAUGAUGGAGACUCAGGUCAGCUCAUGUCUAACGGAGAAGAGAAGCUGGCUGAGAGGAUGGUGAAAGACGGCGAGCCCCGCAAGUCAAUUGGUUAUGUGGAGAGUGAGGAGGAAGAGGAAGAAGAACCAGUGGCUGAGCUCAAGAAACCCAACUCUGAUGAGGGCACAGCAAGCAGUGAGGUGAAUGCCACAGAAGAGAUGUCCAACCUGGUCAACUACAUAGAACCGGUCAAGUUCAAGAGCUUCGAGGUGGCCCGCAAAAGGAACAAGCUCUUUGAAAUGUCCUCCUUUGUGGAAACGAAAGGCAUGGACACGCUGAAGAACUCGCCCAUUGAGUUUGUGGAAUACAAUAAGAAGCAGCUGAGUCGUAUCUACCCCAAGGGCACCCGAGUGGACUCCUCCAACUACAUGCCUCAGAUCUUUUGGAACGUGGGUUGCCAAAUGGUGGCGCUCAACUUCCAGACCCUCGAUCUUCCCAUGCAGCUGAACAUGGGGAUAUUUGAGUACAAUGGCCACUCAGGGUACCUCCUGAAACCUGAGUUCAUGAGGCGCACAGACAAGCACUUUGACCCCUUCACAGAGAACAUUGUAGAUGGGAUUGUGGCCAACACUGUCAAGAUCCGGGUGAUCUCCGGCCAGUUCCUCACUGAUAAGAAGGUCGGGGUGUUUGUGGAAGUGGACGUGUUCGGAUUGCCCGUCGACACCAAAAGGAAGUUCCGCACCAAGACAUCCAACAACAACUCCUUGGACCCAGUGUGGGAGGAGGAGACUAUCUUCCACAAGGUAGUGCUGCCAACACUGGCAUCCCUACGAGUGGCUGUGUUUGAGGAGAAUGGCAAGUUCAUCGGCCACCGCAUCCUGCCUGUGUCUUCCAUACGACCAGGGUACCACUACAUUAGCCUGAAGAAUGAGCUAAACCAGCCCCUGCUGCUGUCCUCCCUGCUGGUGUACAUUGAAGCCCAGGACUACAUCCCCAAUGAGCAUCAGGAGUAUGCUGAGGCACUUACGAACCCCAUCAAACAUGUCAGCCUGCUGGACCAGAGGGAGAGACAGCUGGCUGCGCUCUUAGUGGAUAUUCAUGAGAGGGUGCAUGUGGGGUCUCCUUCACAAGAGAACCCAAGGCCACAGCCACCGCCCAGAGAAGGGGACGUCUGCCUCCCACCCACACCGCAGCCGCCUGUAAUGGUCCCUGAUGGUGUAAACUCCCCAGCAGCAGGCCAGAAGGAAGAUCUUAUUGCUGCAGUCUUAGCAGAUAUCCAGCCCCAGUCAUUAGACGAGCUGAAGCAGCACAAAUCCUACCUGAAGCUACUCAAGAAACAGUGCAAGGAGUUAAAAGAGCUGCGUAAAAAACACCUGAAGAAGGUGGGGGCCCUCAGUAAGGAGCAGCGCACUCGAACCAACCAGCUGCACUCCGAAUCGAUUAGACGGCGCAGCCAGAUUGAGAAGAAGUGCAAAGGCAGCCUGAAAAAGGAUCCGCAGGAGACGGUGCAGAAGGAGCUGACUGCUCUGGAUGAGGAGCUGCAGAGGGAGACAGUGCAGAUGCGCGAGUGGCAGAUGCAGGAGUUGCUCCAGCUACGCCAGUCUCAGCACCAGCUGGAGAGGGAGAAGAAGAAGGCGCACCUCAAAGAGUCCUUCGACAAGCUCAAAGAGACGGCAAAGGAAUGCCAAGAGACCCAGCUGAAGAAGCUGAAGGACAUCUGCGAGAAGGAGAAGAAGGAGCUGCAGAAGAUCUUGGACAGGAAGAGACACAACAGUAUCAGUGAGGUUAAGAACAAGGACAAGGAGAAAGCAGAUGCGGAGCUUAAUGAGAUCAACAGGAAGCACAUCACGGAGUCGGUUGCCUCCCUCCGCAUGCUGGACAAGGCUCAGAAGCAGCGCCAGGAGAAGCUGCAGCUUUGCCAGAGGGAGGUGCUACAGCACAUCGAUGAGGAGCUGCCCAUGCAACAAGCCCAGCUGGAGAGGGACCUGGAGGCGGAGCUCCGGGGCCUGCCGGAGGAAAUCUGCCAGUACCUGCAGGGGGAGCUGGAGAGCAAGAGUCCAAAGAGCGAUGCCCUGUUUGGCUCGCUGUCGAACAAUGACAGCCUGAGCUCCGGUCCACCGUCGAACAGCAGCACGCCCCCUUAUUCUUCUCCUAACCAUAAAUGGCACAAGGAGCGGAGCCUGGACAAUAGUACCACCUCAUUGGUGGAUUCAUCAUCCUCCAGCACUCCAGUGUUGUCAGAAGCAGAGCUUACGACAGUGUAAUUCAUUGUUCUUAACUGUUGCUUUUCCCUCAUCACCAAUUAAUGAUAAAAAAUAAUAGCUAUUUCUUAAGUUUAUUUUCAAGGUAUCCAUUAUCAGGGUAUGUCUGUGCUUUUGAGCAUUUUUACCAAAGCUCUUAGCUCUUUUAUUGGUAUAGGGUCCUAUGGAUUUUUUUUUUUUUUUUUUUUUUUUUUUUUAAUUUUCCUUUUAGCCAUAUUUACUUUCAUCUUAUGAAAACUUUGGACAUGAAGGGCACGUUUUAGUUUAGAGCUGGAUUUAAUUUAUUUAUUGGCAUUGUAAUGACCUGUCUUGGGUUCAGUCGUAGUACUGAACUGUCUCCACCAGAUGGCGGACAAUGGUAACUUAGCUUUGUGACAGUGCUGGGCUGCACUCUGUUUUAUAGUACUGGUGAAAAGCCUUGUUUACAUAAUGAAUUGCUCCCAAAUCCUUGUCCAACGGGACAGUAACGGACAAUAAUCCAGUUAUUUUGAUACCACUGAUACCAACUGAUACCAGAAACAUCUACAGAUGAGGAGUCCAAUAGUGAAGCUAGAGAUGAAAUGGUCCUGAACAGCAGUAGAGGAGUCUUUUUACCCAGUGGGCCCCAGGUCGUGUGUGUGUGUGUGUGUGUGUGUGUGUGUGUGUGUGUCAGUCACUGUGAAUGGAAGCAAGGAUUUACUGCAGAGAACUGCAGGCCAUGAUUGAAUUAGAAUCUCAGACCCUACAAAUGCCCACUCUCAGUAGCUAACCUAACAGGGUUAAAUGUAUUCAAUCUCCUGCUGGGUUUAACUUAAUCCUAACUCUUAAUUCAGAAUGUAAUUUGGCCUUGAAAUAACCACUAAAUUGCUGCUCUCCAGCACCAGGUCGCUCCUCCUCAUGUGGAUCAGACUGGGUCAAAGUCCUAUGGAGCCAAGCACUAGCGUUCCUUACCUGUAUUUGUUUUCUUUUCUUUUAAAUUCCUUUGUACCCCAUUAUAGUUGCCCUCUUCAUACAGUGGCCUGUAGGAUGGAACCGAACAUGUGGGUUUUUUUUUUUUUUUAUACUACAAUCAUUUCUACUUUUAGGGUUUAUUUUACUUUUCAUUUUAAUCUUGCGUGGCAGACGGCCCUUUUUGGCUUUAAUCUCCUCUCAUCUGUCCCUCGGCUGUUCCGUGAGCUGCGGCCCGCUGGGCUUCUGCUGGGCUUCUGCAGCGCAGGCUAAACCCAACAUGUGGAUUUGGCCCUGAACAAGCUGCCAGGUGGCAGCGGACUCGGGAUGAGGGACUCGUCAUGGUGACAGGAACACCGCCGCUGCUGCCGCUGCUGAUGAUGAAGCAAGACUGCACAGUAGACACCGUGAGGAAAAUGACCUUCGACAAUGGAAGCGACAUUAAAGGUGGUCGUACCCUCCCUUUAGGUGGGAGGUCCUUCAGCGAGCAAGCGAGCGGGAAGGCAGGGGUCUCAUGACGGCCAGGGUACGGGAAGCACCCUUCUGCCCCCUGCUGUCCUGCCUGCAGUGCACGUUAGUGGAGCGAGCCCAGCGCUGUGGGAGAGACCGGGGCUGCGAACAAAGGACCGUGCUUCUGUCGCUGCCGUCACAAUCGGAACAAGUGGAGAUGAUCCAGUGCUGGCAUCCCUUUGACAUGUGGUCUUAGCGCCCACUUUUUUUUUUUUUUUGCCUCUAAUGGGUGUUCCGUAUACGUUGUUUGUCUCGUAGUUUAAUACGGAUUCUACUACUGACUAAGGGUGGAGGUGGCAGAUGGUACACGGUGGUCCAUCCAGCGUGACCCUCACACUGCUGGGGCAUCUCUCACCUCCACCUGCUGCCUGUCUGUUGGUUCAUUUUGUGGGGAAAAGCUCUACCUUUACCUUUGUGAAACUCCUCCUUACAUACGCUUUAUCCUUUCAACUGGCUUUUAAAGAUGGAUGGCUCUUAAGUUGCAUUAGUACUUACGGUUUUUUGCUACUCGUAGCUUUUUUUUGUUAACAAGUGUUGGCUGAGCAGCACUUAGUCUGUGGGUAAAACGCAGUAGAACACUGGUCCUCUUGAACCGAAUUAGGAUGGUUCAACAGGUUAGCAGGUAUUUAGUGAUGAGCUCCUAGCAGCCAGUAGUGGAGAGCAGCUUUUAGCCUAAUUGAGGAGUUUGAGCUGAUACGAGCAGAACCACAGGGCUUCUUUGGGUGCUCAGUCUGAACGCGGCCAUGGAGUUACUGGCUCUGGCUGCGUCCAGGUAAAUGGACACCGGCCGCUUUGCUGUGCCAUUGUGUGGGAUCUUUGCACAAGAGAAGCCGGAGGCUUACACUUUCUUCUUGUCGUUUUGCCCCCUGCCCCUUCACUUUCACCUUUUAUAUUUUGAUUCGUACGUUCUGGUGUGGCACGGAGCUCCUCCUUACUGCUCCUCACUCUGAACAAGAACAUGUUCUGUCUACGGCUCACUUAGCUUGGCUGUCCAGGAAAUUUUCAGCGUGCGAACGUGCACCGUACCGACACGUGUUGCGUACACCCCCCUCGAUAGCACCUGUACUGCCAGCCGAGGCCAAAUUUGCGCUGUGAGGUCAUGGAACAAGCAGAGGAUGCGAUGGGCUCGUCACUCGAGAAUUUCAGUUGUAUUUCCUCAGAUUUGUUGUGAAGGACAGUUUCUGCUCUGCGUCCAGUUAAAUACGUGCGUUUCACUGACGGGUGCCAGUCGCACCAAGGUUUUCUAAGAGCUGGACUCUCAACCCCGUGGAGUCGUUUGUCAACAUCGGUGAAGCUUGGAAGGUUCAAAAACACAAAGGACCAAAGUGUCUUCUGGGUGUUUAAUAAUUACUCUGUGUUUCUAAUGACAUUUACAAAUGACUGGUGGCUGGAAAGUGUGUUCUUCAUCUGGCUCUGCUUUAAAGGGAUUCUCAGAGAAUCUCUAAAUACUAGUUGUGUAGUAGACUUCUACAGAUAGUGAAAUAUAAAUGAGCUUUAAGGGUACAGCCCACUUCUAAGUUGGUAGAGAUAGAAACUGAUAUACCAUUAAUGACUUUUUGCCAUAAACGUAGAGGCUAAUCCAGUUCUCGCUCCAAAGUUGCAGCGCUAAAGUGUUGAACAUGUGACCUAUAAAGAAGCAAAUGCUAACUUUUGUUGUGCCACUUAAACUUCCUCUCCGCUCUGGUUGCUGUACUCCUUGUCGUUUCAUUUCCCCCUUCUCUAUCACUUAUGUAUAUCGGAAACAGAAGCUUACUAUGUUAACACUGUAUGUAGAAAUUCCUGGUGCGUCUUGU